AUGAAGAGUACUCCUUACGAUCUGAGGAAUGUAUUGGUUCUUUUUGACUGUUCUCCCUUGUGUGGACAUGGUGCAAGCAAGCAAAAUUGGAAUACUUCGUGCUCUGGUCCACCCACCACAGUCCUCGAAGCGGAUCCAUGGACAACACACAGUUCGUGGACUUGUGUGGCCCGCUGCCAUUAUUGGUCUCAUCCAUCACUUUUCUGGAAGAAAAUUCUUGCCUUCACGAUUGAUAUUGUUAUGGACCUCAAAUCCUUCCCUGACCAGCCUUGUCUGGUCCGCUUCUGGUGCUAUUCUCUAGAUUGA